GCGGCCGAGGGCCCCUGACUCGGCUCCGCGCGGCGACAUGGACCGGAUGGCCAGCUCCAUGAAGCAGGUGCCCAACCCCCUGCCCAAGGUGCUGAGCCGGCGCGGGGUGGGCGCGGGGAUCGAGGCGGCCGAGCGGGAGAGCUUCGAGCGGACUCAGACUGUCAGCAUCAAUAAGGCCAUUAAUACGCAGGAAGUGGCUGUAAAGGAAAAACACGCCAGAACAUGCAUACUGGGCACCCACCAUGAGAAAGGGGCACAGACCUUUUGGUCUGUUGUCAACCGGCUACCCCUCUCUAGCAAUGCUGUCCUCUGCUGGAAGUUCUGCCACGUGUUUCACAAACUCCUCCGAGAUGGACACCCGAACGUCCUGAAGGACUCCCUGAGAUACAAAAAUGAAUUGAGUGACAUGAGCAGGAUGUGGGGCCACCUGAGCGAGGGGUAUGGACAGCUCUGCAGCAUCUACCUCAGACUGCUAAGAACGAAGAUGGAAUAUCACACCAAAAAUCCCAGGUUCCCAGGCAACCUUCAGAUGAGCGACCGGCAGCUGGAUGAGGCUGGAGAGAGCGACGUUAACAACUUUUUCCAGCUAACAGUGGAGAUGUUUGACUACCUGGAGUGUGAACUUAAUCUCUUCCAAACCGUGUUCAAUUCCCUGGACAUGUCCCGCUCGGUGUCCGUGACGGCAGCCGGGCAGUGCCGCCUCGCCCCGCUGAUCCAGGUCAUAUUGGACUGCAGUCAUCUGUAUGAUUACACUGUCAAGCUCCUCUUCAAACUCCACUCCUGUCUCCCAGCCGACACCCUGCAAGGCCACCGGGAUCGUUUCAUGGAGCAAUUCACCAAGUUGAAAGAUCUGUUCUACCGCUCCAGCAACCUCCAGUACUUCAAGCGGCUCAUUCAGAUCCCUCAACUGCCUGAGAACCCACCCAACUUCCUGCGGGCCUCUGCGCUGUCAGAACACAUCAGCCCUGUGGUGGUCAUCCCGGCCGAGGCCUCGUCCCCGGACAGCGAGCCCGUCUUGGAGAAGGAUGACCUCGUGGACAUGGAUGCCUCCCAGCAGAAUUUAUUUGACAACAAGUUUGAUGACAUCUUUGGCAGCUCAUUCAGCAGUGACCCCUUCAAUUUCAACAGUCAGAACGGCGUGAACAAGGAUGAGAAGGAUCACUUAAUUGGUCAACUAUACAGAGAAGUCAGUGAGCUGAAGGCACAGCUGGAGAACAUGAAGACUGAGAGCCAGCGGGCCGUGCUGCAGCUGAAGGGCCGGGUCAGCGAGCUGGAGGCUGAGCUUGCGGAACAGCAACAUCUGCGGCAGCAGGCGGCUGAUGACAGCGAGUUUCUCCGGGCCGAGCUGGACGAGCUCAAGAAGAAGCGCGAAGACACGGAGAAGGCCCAGCGGAGCCUGACCGAGAUAGAAAGGAGAGCCCAAGCCAAUGAACAGCGGUACAGCAAGCUAAAGGAAAAGUACAGUGAGCUGGUGCAGAACCACGCUGACCUGCUGCGGAAGAAUGCAGAGGUGACCAAACAGGUGUCCGUGGCCAGGCAAGCCCAGGCGGAUUUGGAACGAGAGAAAAAAGAGCUAGAGGACUCCUUCCAGCGAAUAAGUGACCAGGCGCAGCGGAAGACUCAAGAACAGACAGAAGUACUAGAGAGCUUGAAGCAAGAACUUGCCACCAGCAAACAGGAACUCCAGAUUGUCCAAGGCAGCCUGGAAACUUCUGCCCAGUCAGAGGCAAAGUGGGCCGGCCAGAUCGCCGAGCUUGAGAAGGAGCGGAGCAGCUUGGCACAUGCCGUCGCUCGUCGGGAGGAAGAAUUAUCCACUCUUCAGGAACAGCUCGAACACACCCAGCGGGAACUGUCCAGCGCAAAGGAAUCAGCGUGCCAGGUCGCCAAAGACCAACGGAAAAUGCUGCUGGCAGAGUCCAGGAAGGCCGCAGAGCAGGUGGUCCAGGAGGCCCUGCGGCAGCUCGAGGAGCCCACUCUGAUCAGCUGUGCCGGCUCUGCAGAUCACCUUCUCUCCAAGGUCAAGUCUGUUUCCAGCUGCCUUGAGCAACUGGAAAAAAGCUGGAGCCGCUACCUGGCCCACCCAGAAGAUAUCAGUGGGCUCCUCCACUCGGUCACCCUCCUUGCCCACUUGACCAGUGAUACCAUGGCUUACGUGAGCACCACCUGCCUUCGAGCCCCGCCGGAACCUGCUGACUCGCUGACUGAGGCCUGCAAGCAGUUUGGCAAGGAAACCCUCCUCUACCUGGCUUUCCUGGAAGAGGAAGGAACGCGGGAGAAUGACGGCACGGCCGUGAAGAGCUGCCUCAACAGGAUCGCUGCCAUUACCGAGGAGCUCCUGCCCAGAGGCCUGGACAUCAAACAGGAGGAGGUGGGGGACCUGGUGGACAAGGAGAUGGCCGCCACGUCAGCUGCCAUCAAAACUGCUACGGCCAGAAUCGAGGAGAUGCUCAGCAAAUCCCGAGCUGGAGACACAGGAGUCCAGUUGGAGGUGAACGAAAGGAUCCUUGGUUCCUGUACAAGCCUAAUGCAAGCUAUUCAGGUCCUGAUCGUGGCCUCGAAGGAUCUCCAGAGAGAGAUAGUGGAGAGUGGCCGGGGCACAGCAUCGCCUAAAGAGUUUUAUGCCAAGAAUUCCCGAUGGACGGAAGGACUCAUCUCGGCCUCCAAAGCCGUGGGCUGGGGAGCCACUGUCAUGGUGGAUGCAGCCGAUCUGGUGGUGCAAGGCAGAGGGAAAUUUGAGGAACUGAUGGUGUGUUCACACGAAAUCGCUGCUAGCACAGCCCAGCUUGUGGCUGCCUCUAAGGUGAAAGCUGAUAAGGACAGCCCAAACCUGGCCCAGCUGCAGCAGGCCUCCCGGGGGGUGAACCAGGCCACCGCCACCGUUGUGACCUCCACCAUCUCGGGCAAAUCCCAGAUUGAGGAGACAGACAAUAUGGACUUCUCCAGCAUGACACUGACCCAGAUCAAACGCCAGGAGAUGGAUUCCCAGGUCAGGGUGCUGGAGCUGGAGAAUGACCUGCAGAAGGAGCGUCAAAAACUGGGAGAGCUUCGAAAAAAGCACUACGAGCUCGCUGGUGUUGCCGAGGGCUGGGAAGAAGGAACCGAAGCGUCUCCACCUGCACUGCAUGAAGCGGACACCGGAAAAGAAUAGAGCCACGUCGACACCCCACAAGUCCGAGUCCUUUUCUGUUUCACCAUCUGCACCAACUCGUGAGCGUCAGAGGGCUGGCGGGGCUCCAAGCCAGGACGCCGUCCUAAAUCUGUGCCAACUGAACAGCAGGAGCGUCCUGGCCGAGCAUGCUGAGGCAACUCUCCCCUCUCUUGGCAGUUCCAUGGAUUUCCCACUGCUUCUUAUGGUGGUUGGUUGGGUUUUUGUUUUUGUUUUUGUUUUUGUUUUCUUCUUUCAGUGUUCCCUCAUAGAGCCAACUCUCCCAAAGGGAGCACCCCUGGAGCUCUGAGCCAUCGGGGGCCCCUAACCACAGCAGUUAACAGCAAUGGUGCUGCUCAGGCUUCUCCUUGGUGCUCCACACCAGCCUCCAUGCUGAGUGUCCCGCUGAGCGAGUCUGGGGCAGCCGAGGCCACUCCCCAGAGGUGGGCACCGCUGCUCAGCCCCACUCUCCUCCAAAGGCAGAAGCAGAGCGAGUGCCUUUCCUUCCUAAAGCGACAGCCCAGCUGAAAGCUUCUGACCAGGGGUAAAGAAUGCGGGAAAGAAGGGGUGCACACAACCCAGGUCUCAGGAGACCCCUUUCUUGGGAACUUCUGGUGCCCAGGCUGAAAAACCUUAUCAUGUGCUUGAGUGUGCUGGGAAGAGUAGCCACCUUCUUACCCCAGAAUGAAUUUUCCAUGCCACCUCCCUUCAGGCCCAGGUGGGACCCUGAGAGGGAGCGCGUGAGGGCUUUUCCAACUCCUCUCUCCAACUGGCCGCCUGGGCAUCCUCUUGAACCUGAAGAAGAUAAUUCCAUGUUCUACCUAAGGGAAAGACCCAGAAGAUCAGGCAGAUUUGCUCCCGGCAGGAAAGAACCCUGUGCUUGGUUGGGUACCUUUAAUAUUUAUUACUAACCUCUGUUCGGCGGCGGCGGCAGCCUCCAGAAAGACGCUUUGAGCAAUCAGGAUUUGAGGUGUGGUGAUGGUGGGGCUGCAUGGCUGCCCGAGGUCAUGAGUCUUCAAGAAUCAGACACCAGGCCAACAUGCUUCCCAGUCUGUUACUGGCCUAGACCCCGAGGCAAGCAGGUUCCUCAGAGCACCUGGGUCAGGGAAACCAAGAAAGGGAGACCACUGGCUCUGAGCCUUCCAGCCACACGUCCCGGGCCCUUGCUGCCUGGACAGGAUGAGGACAGAGGGCACAUUAACGGCUUCCUAGGGGCGGGCAGCCUGACAGCACUUGUCCACCUCCAGACGGACAGACCCCAGCAUUUAAGUGACCUUCCGAUCUUGGACAAACGGUAUCUUCCUUCCUUAUCUGUAGCAACUCCUAGGUAGAAGCCAACAAGCACUUCCCAGGACCUGUCCCACAGGAGCAUUGCUAAGUGUUGCUAUGUGACAGGUGGCGAGGUCCCUGUUUGAUCACUGUGAAUCAACCGCCCUCCUUCCCCCCCCACCCUCCCCCUCCCUCUCUGUGCAUUUUCUAAGUAGGGCACUCAAAAAACACUCUCCCAUUAGCUCAGAUUCCAAGACUCAGACAGGCGAUCACGUUGGGCUAAAGAGGGGUCAGCCGCAGAAGAUAAGCGGUCUUACGCUUAACACUUGUUUGUGCUCAGCGUUUUUCCAUCCGGGGCUCAGAAGGAGUGGUGCGUGGCGCCCCUGGCCCAGUUGUGCCAAUUAAGCCAAUCGGUGUGGUCUCAGAGUGGGUCAGCAUUUCCACAGCGGACUAGUCCUCACUUCCAGAAUCUCGGCCGAACUGUUGUGCUCUGAAUUACCAGUGGUGAGAAAAAUCUGGUAUAUUGGACCACGCUGGGAUUCUCUGAAUAACGUUCCCUCUAAAAAGAAGCCACAGUAAUUUUUAAAAUCUUUGCGGACUUCGCCUGAGUAAUAAAACCGUGAAGAAAGAGAUUAAACAGGAACACAAGCUAAUCCCGUGUCACACAAGAAGUAUCCGUCGGGGGUAGCGUAAUAUUUGUCCUCGCUUGCCUUAGGAGCUGGCCCAUCCUCUAGCCAAAAUCAAAUUGUCCUACCUUGGCUUUUCUCAAGUAAGGGUGUUUAUACUUGGUGUGAAAUACUUGAUUCAAACAGGAAUGACAUCCUAAGGCUAAAAAUGAACCUCAUAGCCUUUUAAAGUAGUCACUGAGCAUCCUGAGUGACUGAAGUCCCAUGGGCCAGUGUAAUUGGGUCACAGCAAGGCAGAACAACAAAAGAUGGCUUAGGACUGAUGAGAGGUUGAAAGACAGCCGUAUCCCUUAUUUAAUUUUCUAUACAGUUGCUCUAAUAUCUCUAGAGUAAGGGGGUAUGUGUACAUAAUAAGGAAAAAAAAAGGUAGAAAAGACCUGCCUUUUGUGGGGUUCUUUUAUAUCUGAGUCAGGAGUUUAAAUUAGACUGUAAUUUAGAUUGUUGCCUAGUUCUGCCGCUGACAGCAAGAUCCCUAGGGUCCCACCUGAAUCUAAGUCCCUAAUCCAGUGGCUGGAAGAACCAAACAUUGCCCAGAAUGUCCUUAACGUUGGAAGUGUUUGAGCUGCCAAGUCAACACCAGGGUUAACCAGGUACCACGGGGGUCACAAUGCAUGUCGUUCAUCCUCAGAUUGGCUUGCUUCGGCCUCUCGCCGAAGAGGAGCUGGUCCUGAGCUUGCACCUGGGAAAUGCUCACUUCUUGGCCAGCUCCUUAGUCUGGAGGGGUCUCCCGGCUCCACUUACCCUGGUCUUUAGCCACCGGUCAAGUUCUUGCUACCUUCUACCACCUUUGCAAGUGUCUGGAAAUCCUUCCUGCCAAUGAAAGCCUUCGAUCCUGGCAUUGGCCUUUCAACCAGACCGGCUCUGGCCUGUCUCCGCCGUCCUCGGUCCCCCGGAGACCACGCUGUCUGUAGCCUAGACAGCCACCCCUGCGGGCCCACCAGCCUUCACCGCAGAUGCCCCUCCGUCUCCCAGGGUCAGGCCAAAUGCAGGAUCAGCAACCCAAAGUGGUGGCACAGCCUCUCGCCCCCAGGAGCCAAAGCAAUGGGAAAUCAUGGGUUAGAUGCCAUUGGGUCCGAUUCUGAGAGUAGAUCAUUUCCAGACAUGUCUUUCAGGUGACCCUCAACUACCUCAGUUUGAAGGCCCUAAAUGAAGCUGAUUACUACUCCUAGGGACAAACCGAGGGGGUUCCGAUAAAUCUUGCUGAUAACUUAUAACAAACUCUCACAUUUAGGUUCGCAGGGAUAGGUUGGGUUUGUUUUUCUUCUGUUCUGUUUUUAACCUUCCCCCCCCACCCAGUUUUCCAUUAGAAUAGUUCUUAGAAAUGGAUUUCAUUUUUCACCGAGUGCCUACCUUCCCAGGGCAGGUAGCGACAGGCUCUUAUUCCCUUCCAACAAUACUUUUAUUAUGGUAUUAAGACCUUUCUUUGUAUAAUACAUUGCAUCUGUGUUUUCAGUUUUUCAAAUAAAUAUUUCAACCUGGCAAUGGAGAACGGUGGUGCUAACUGACCAUCCAACGUAGUUUUGGGGUCAGGGUUCCAGUGAAAAGCCUACACUUCU